AUGAUACAAAAAGAAUGGUUGGAUGCUUCACCAUAUGGUCUAGAUUUCACCGUCAACAAUUCUCAACGUCCUGUUUCCACAUCUGUUUCUGUUAAUCGAUGGGAGAAACCACUCACAAGCCGGUUGGAUCUUUCGCGAUGCCAAUGGGAUGUUCAAAGGAACAGGUCAAGCGGUUGGAAUCAUGACUAG